AUGACCAGUACUGAUAAAGAAAAAGAAGUAGUGAUGUCUGGAAGUAAGUUGGACGAUGAGAUAGCAGAGUUAAGUAAAAAGAGACACGAGAUAGAACAAAGUAAUGUGGAAAGAGAAAUGAAACUGAAAGAAGCAACAUUAGAGAAACGAUUAAAAGAGAUUGAAGAAAGAGAAAGAAAGGAUAAGAAGGAAUUAGAAAUGAUGAAGGCCAUAUUGCAUGAAAGAGAAUUGGAGAUAAGUAAUCGAGAAGUAAUGAUGAAACGAAAGGAGACGGAAUGGGAGGAAAAGCUAAUUGCAAGAGAUCGUGAUAUGAAAAUAUAUGAACAGAGAUUGAAGGAUAUGGAAAGAACAAUGAUAGAAAGGUUUGAUAGUUUGGAAAAAGAUAUGAAAUUACGAGAAAGCAUGACUGAGGAGAAAGAAGCAGACGUAAGACGCAGAGAAGAAAGUUUGGAAAGGAAAAUACACGAAAGGAAAGAGGAAAUAAUUGACGUUACCAGAGGCCUACAAGCAGAAAGCUUAAGUAUGAGAGAAGGAAAAUUGAACAGUGAAACCAGAGAUGUAGAUAUGAUACAAAUAGAGAAAAGUACUGGAUUGAAAGAAAUAGAAUUAAAAUACAAUAAUGAAAGUAGUGAACAAAAGGGAAAAGGCUUAAGUGAAAGUGAACAAGCACUUCAUGACUUAGAUAAGCAAAUCAGAGAAUUACAAGUGAAGAAAGAGUUGCUAUACAGUAAAUCAAAAGAUGAGUUGAACACUGAAAGAAAAGAGUAUAAAGAAGGAGAGUCCAAAGAUAAGAUAAAUAGAGAGCGGGUAGAAGUAGCUAAAAGUAAAGAUGAUACAAAAUACACAAGUACGCUAGAGAGUGUGAAGGAUAAUUUAAAUGUUAAAUUAAACCUUACACAGUAUUCCGGAGCAGAACUAAGGCCCAGAAAUGAAGCAACAUUUGAAGAGUGGAAAAUGGAAGUUGAGAGUGUACAGGCCACUUAUUCGGAAAUUGUUGUUAUGCAAGCAAUCAGAAAGUCCUUAAAGGAUCAAGCAAAACGAAUUAUGCUGCACCUUGGACCAAACACUACCGUGGAAGAAAUAUUACUUAAAAUGGAAGAUGCCUUUGGAAACGUAGCUAGUAAGGACAGUAUACUAAGUCCUUUCUUUAUGGCAGAACAGGAAGAGAAUGAGACGAUAGUAGAGUGGGGUUUAUGA